GGGCGCAGGCGCGGCUGGAGCAGGAAGACCGCUCUGCUUGAGGGAAAAUGGCUGGAUCCGCCGGCGGCGGGAUGGAGUACGUUCGGCGGAGCACCGUGAAGAAGUUGCUGAGCAAGCAUAAGCCGCACUUGCGCAUGCGCGGCAACACCGACCUGCUGGUACUUUUGAAUGUCUUCCUAUUUCUCCAAAGACUAGCUGAAGAAACCAGGACCAAUGCUAUUGCGGAAAAGAGCAAAACAAUUACAUCUCGACAUGUUAGCUCUGCAGCAAAGAUUGUUUUAAAGAAGAGCCGAGGCUAAAGUCAAGAAGUAGUCCUUCAUCCCCUGGUUGAUUCUGCGUAAUUACUGACGUACAUGUGCAGAAGUUUAAAUAUCUGAAUUUUGUAUUUCUAUUUUUCUUAUUCAUAUUUUUUCAUAUUUUUAUUUGUUAUUUGCAGGACCUCACUAUUUACUUUUUAAUAAGGGCAAUGUAAUAGAACUGAUGUGUAUAAUUAAUACAAUAGACAAAUGUAAGUUUUAACCUUGUAAAGUGUUCACUUUUUAUGAUUAAGCAAGAUGCCUUCUAUGGGAACCAUGGCAAAUGUUAGAAGCCAUUUUUAAUUCUCUAUAUAAAGUUACUUCUAGAAAAACAAAAUAUUUCUCUUUCUUUCUCUCAAUGAAUAUUUAUCAACAGGGUUGCUGUAAAUAUGCAUCUUUUCACUUGUUUAUAAACCUUGUUGGUUUUUGAGAUUAUUUUAAGUAACAUCGCAAAUAAAAUAUUACAGUUAAAUCGGGAAGCAGAACAUUUACAAAACAGUUUGUAAAUAGAAUAUGAAAACAAAUGUUUCAGAAUGGUUUAUAGCAAUAAAGUUCUGUACAACUUCUGUCACUUGUUCAUUUCUCAUGCUUUUCACCGUAUAACAGUAAAAGGAGAGGUGUUUUAGACAUGGUAAAUCCUGUUGGGGCCGGUUGCAGCAGCAGUUCCUAGGAAAGGACAGACACUAAUACAUUCUU